AUGAUGUUCAAAUCCUCCGUCACGACCUUCCUCCUCCUCGCAACCCUCGCGAUCGUCUCCACCGCCCAAGAGGUCGCCCCAGUCCCUACCCCUACCACCGAGACCACCACCACCACCACCGCUGCCCCCACCGGAACCAUCUCGGGCACCCCCACAAUCACGACCGCACCCGCCACCCUUCCUACCAACAACAUGACUGCAGUUCCCGACUUUUCGUCCCUAGCAAGUGUCAUCGCCUCUGUUGCGACCGCUCGGUCUCUCAACCCUGGCUCCUCGCCUACCCCCGCGGCUGGUGCCAAAAACUCUGCCUCAAGGAUGGGUGGUGAUGUCUUGACUGGAAUGGCGUUUGUUGUAUUGUCGGCUGUUGUUGCCGGCGCUGGUACUCUUGCUCUUUAA